AUGGGUAUUCUGGAGGACGAUGUACUUUCCGUCUGGCGAUGCCUCGUGGAUAGAAACAUUACCCUUUGCAGAUCGUUGGAAGGAUUGGCGGGAAGCGGUUUCGCCCUUAACGACUCUCAUCUUACCGGUGUCGGUUUCUUGGGAGAUGGCGUGGGUCUUGACGACUUGUUCGACAAGUUGCUUGAGUCCAGCACGGUUUUCUUCUCCCUCGAGCAUUUUUCGGUAGAUGGCAAUUUCGGCAUCGAGGGUUUGCUUGGUAUCGAGGAGCAUUUGCAGUUCGACCAUGAGGGCUUGGCAUUCUUCGCGCAUCUUGCGGAUUUGGGAAUCUCUGUCGUUGAGGGCAGCUUCGUAGGAUCUUUGGUCGUCUUCCAAUUGGUAGUUGAGCUCUUGGAUUUGUUUUUCAAGAAGGGAGUUGCGGCUUUCAAGGUCAGCGAGUUUUCCACGCAAAUCGGCAAGCUGGGUACGGAGUCUCUUGACCUCUUCCUUGGCGUAUCCUUGUUCCAUGCUCUGUCUGGCAGAUUGGGUUUGGAUCUCUUGGACCUUGAGACGGUACCAGGAUUCCAUGUCGUUUCGGUGGACGUUGUUGACCUGGUCGUAUUCCUCACGGAUGUCACGAAUAGCAGAAGCCAAUUCGUUCUUGAAGAACUCGCGGUUCUCUGGAGUGGUAUCACGGGAAGCCAAUGUUUGGAGGUCCUUAAUCUCGUUGUCAUGAACACGACGAGAGAAAUCAAUCUCCUCAAGAAGAGUUUGAACUUGGUUCUGGUAGUCAAUACGGUUGAGGGUCUCUUGGUCCAAAUCAGUACGGGCUCUUUGAAGCUCAGAAAGCAUGCGUUGAUUCUCUUGCUUGAUGCGUUUGACUUCAUCCUCGAGUUGAGCGAUGCGACGUUUGAGAAGAUUGAUCUCAGCUUCAAUGUUGGAGAGUUGGACAAGAAGCCCGUCGAUCUUAGCACGGUCUUGUUCACGACCCUUGGUGGCCUCCUCGUAUCUAAAAUGGUACGUCCUCCAAGCGGAGCCCUAGCUGAGGGAGUAGUAGAGGAGAAAGACAUCGCUGGAAAUACAAAAAAGUUGUGA